AUCCCUCGCUCUACUACAUCAACAUUGACAGACUCUUCAAAUGAUGCCACCACUCCAUCAACAGUCACUUCAAGUGAUGCCACCACUCCCUCAACUACAUCGGCAGUCACAAGUGAUUCCAUCACUUGCUCUAAUACAUCAACAUUGACAGUCCCUUCAACUGAUGCCACCACUCCCUCAACAGUCACUUUCCCCUCAACUACAUCAGCAGUAACUUCAACUGUGGCCAACAUUCCUUCUACUAUUUCGAAAGUCACCUCAAGUGAUGUCACAACUCCCUCAACUACAUCAAUAGUCACUUCAAGUGAUCCCAAAACUCUGACUUCUACAUUGACAGUCAAAAGUGAUGCCACCACUCUGUCUACUAUGUCUACAGUCAUUUCAAGUGAUCCCACAACUUCCACUACUACAUUGACAGUCAGUAGUGAUGCCAUCAUUCACUCUACUACAUCGACAUUGACAGUCCCUUUAAUAAGUGAUGCCACCUCUCCCUCUACUAUGUUUACAGUUACUUUAAGUGGCAACACAUCAACACCUACUUCAAGUGAUGCCACCCCUCCCUCAACAGUCACUUCAACUAAUGUAACUUCUCCCUCAACUAUGUCGACAGUCACUUCAAGUGAUAACACCACUACUACAUUGACAGUAACUUCAAGUGAUACUACAUCAACACCCACUGCAAGUGAUGCCAUCACUCUAUCAAUAGUCACUUCAAGUGAUGCCACCGCUCCAUCAACUACAUCAAUAGUCACUUCAAGUGAUGUCACCACUCCCUCAACUACAUCAAUAGUCACUUCAAGUGAUGCCAGCACGCUGUCUACUAUGUCUAAAGUCACUUCAAGUGAUACCACCCCUACUACAUCAACAGUCACAAGUGAUGCCCUCACUCGCUCUACUACAUUGAUAUCGACAUUCCAUUCAAGUGAUGCCACUAAUACCUCAGCAGUCACUUCAGAUGAUGCCAGCAGUCCCUCAACUAUGUCGACAGUCACUUCAAGUGAUAACACCACUCCCUCAACAGUCACUUCAAGUGAUCCCUCAACUCCCACUACUACAUCGACAUUGACAGUCUCUUCAAAGGAUGCCACCACUCCUUCAACAGUCACUUCAAGUGAUGCAACCACUACUACACCGACAGUAACAUUAACUGUGGACAGAAUUCCCUCAACUACGUCGACAGUCAGGUCAAGUGAUGCCACCACUGCCUCAACAGUCACUUCAAGUCAUGACACCACUGUUACAUCAACAUCAGCAGUAACUUCAAGCGAGGCCUCCGCACCUUCAAAAUUCGCUUCAAGUGAUGCCACCUCUACUAAAUCAACAUCAGCAGUCACUUCAAGCGAUAACACUGUUCCUUCAACAUUCACUUCAAGUGGUGCCACCUUUUCUCCAUCACCAUCAGCAUUUAUAUCAAGUGAUGCCACCUCUCCCUCAACAUCAAAAUUCACUUCAACUGAUGCCACAUCUCACUCAACUACAUCAAAAGUCACUUCAGAUGAUACUACAUUAACAGCCACUUCAGGUGAUACCACCACUCCCUCAAGAACAUCGACAGUCACUUCAAGUGAUGCCACCUCUUCCUCAACUACAUCGACUUUAACUUCAAGUGAUACCACCACUCCUACAUCGACAGUAACUUCAACUUUGGCCAACAUUCCCUCAACUACAUCGACAGUCACUUCAAGUGAUGCCACCUCUCCCUCGACAUCAACAGUCACUUUAAGUGAUGCCACCACUCCCUCAACAGUCUCUUCAAGUGAUGGCACCUCUCUCAGAACAUCAAUAUUCUCUUCAAGUAAUGCCACCUCUCCCUCGACAUCAAUAUUCACUUCAAGUGAUGCCACCUCUCACUCAACAACAUCGACCGUCACUUCAGACCAUACUACAUCAACACCCACUUCAAGUGAUGCCACCACUCCCUCAAGUACAUUGACAGUCAGUUCAAGUGUUGCCACCACUCUGUCAACAGUCACUUCAAGUGAUGCCACCUCUUCCUCAACUACAUCAACGGUCACUUCAGGUGAUGCCACCACUACUACAUCAACAUUAGCAGUCACUUCAAGCGAUCCCACCACUACCUUAACAGUCACUUCAAGUGAUGCCACCUCUCCCUCAACAUCAAUAGUAAUUUUAAGUGAUGCCACCACUCCCUCAACAGUAGCUUCAAGUGAUGCCACCUCUCACUCAACUACAUCGACAGUCACUUCAGACGAUGCUACAUCAACAACCACUUCAAGUGAUGCCACCACUCCCUCAAGUACAUCGAUAAUCAGUUCAAGUGUUGCCACCACUGCCUCAACAGUCACUUCAAGUGAUGCCAGCACUCCCUCAUCUUUAUCGACAGUCACUUCAGAUGAAGCCACAAAGACACCCACUUCAGGGGAUGCAACAUCUUCCUCAACUACAUCAACAUUCACUUCAAAUGAUGCCACCACUCCCUCAUCUACAUCAGCAGUCACUUCAAGCGAUAACACUUUUCCUUCAACAUUCACUUCAAGUGAUGCCAAAGCUACGACAUCAACAUCGGCAGUCUCUUCAAGUGAUGCCACCACUCCCUCAACAAUCACUUUUAGUUAUGCCACCUCUCCCUCGUCAUCAAUAUUCACUUCAAGUGAUGCCACCUCUCACUCGACAUCAAUAUUCACUUCAAGUGAUGCCACCUCUCACUCAACAACAUCGACCGUCACUUCAGACCAUACUACAUCAACACCCACUUCAAGUGAUGCCACCUCUCACUCAACUACAUCGACAGUCACUUCAGAUUAUACUACAUCAACACCCACUUCAAGUGAUGCCACCACUCCCUCAAGUACAUUGACAGUCAGUUCAAGUGUUGCCACCACUCUGUCAACAGUCACUUCAAGUGAUGCCACCUCUUCCUCAACUACAUCAACGGUCACUUCAGGUGAUGCCACCGCUACUACAUCAACAGUAUCUUCAACUGCUGCCACCAUUCACUCAACUACAACAACAGUCACUUCAAGUGAUGCCACCACUACUACAUCAACAUUAGCAGUCACUUCAAGCGAUCCCACCACUCCCUCAACAGUCACUUCAAGUGAUGCCACCUCUCCCUCGACAUCAAUAUUCACUUCAAGUGAUGCCACCUCUCACUCAACUACAUUGACAGUCAAUUCAGACGAUACUACAUCAACACCCACUUCAAGUGAUGCCACCACUCCCUCAAGUACAUCGCCAGUCAGUUCCAGUUUUGCCACCUCUCUGUCAACAGUCACUUCAAGUGAUCCCACCUCUUCCUCAACUACAUCAACUUUAACUUUAAGUGAUACCACCACUACUACACCGACAGUAACAUUAACUGUGGACAGAAUUCCCUCAACUACGUCGACAGUCAGGUCAAGUGAUGCCACCACUGCCUCAACAGUCACUCCAAGUGAUGCCACCAAUCCCUCAACUGCAUCGACAUCAACUUCAAGAGAUGUCACCACUACUACAUCGACAUUAACAGUCACUUCAAGCGAUUCCACAACUCCCUCAAAAACCACUUCAAGUCAUGCAACCACUCCCUCAUCUACAUCAAUAGUCACUUCAAGAGAUGCCACCACUCCUACAUCAACAUCAUCAGUCACUUCAAGCGAUAACACUGUUCCUUCAACAUUUACUUCAAGUGGUGCCACAGCUACUACAUCAACAUCAUCAUUCAGUUCAAGUGAUGCCAUUUCUCCCUCGACAUCAACAGUCACUUUCAGUGAUGGCACCACUCCCUCAACAGUCCCUUCAAGUGAUGCCACCGCUACUACACCAACAGUAUCUUCAACUGCUGCCACCAUUCACUUAACUACAACAACAGUCACUUCAAGUGAUGCAACCACUACUACAGCAACAUUAGCAGUCACUUCAAGCGAUCCCACCACUCCCUCAACAGUCACUUCAAGUGAUGCCACCUCUCCCUCGACAUCAAUAUUCACUUCAAGUGAUGCCACCUCUCACUCAACUACAUUGACAGUCAAUUCAGAUUAUACUACAUCAACACCCACUUCAAGUGAUGCCACCACUCCCUCAAGUACAUCGCCAGUCAGUUCCAGUUUUGCCACCUCUCUGUCAACAGUCACUUCAAGUGAUGCCACCACUCCCUCAACAUCAAUAUUCACUUCAAGUGAUGCCACCACUCCCUCAACAGCAGCUUCAAGUGAUGCCACCGCUACUGUAUCAACAUCAGCAGUCUCUUCAAGUGAUUCCACCACUCCCUCAAGUACAUUGACAGUCUGUUCAAGUGAUGCCACCUCUCACUCAACUACAUUGACAGUCACUUCAGAUUAUACUACAUCAACACCCACUUCAGGUGAUGCCACCACUCCUUCAAGUACAUUGACAGUCAGUUCCAGUUUUGCCACCUCUCUGUCAAUAGUCACUUCAGGUGAUGCCACCUCUUCCUCAACUACAUCAACUUUAACUUCAAGUGAUACCACCACUACUACACCGACAGUAACAUUAACUGUGGACAGAAUUCCCUCAACUACGUCGACAGUCAGGUCAAGUGAUGCCACCACUGCCUCAACAGUCACUUCAAGUGAUGCCACCAAUCCCUCAACUGCAUCGACAUCAACUUCAAGAGAUGUCACCACUACUACAUCGACAUUAACAGUCACUUCAAGCGAUUCCACCACUCCCUCAAAAACCACUUCAAGGCAUGCAACCACUCCCUCAUCUACAUCAAUAGUCACUUCAAGAGAUGCCACCACUCCCUCUUCUACAUCAGCAGUCACUUCAAGCGAUAACACUGUUCCUUCAACAUUUACUUCAAGUGGUGCCACAGCUACUACAUCAACAUCAUCAUUCAGUUCAAGUGAUGCCAUUUCUCCCUCGACAUCAACAGUCACUUUAAGUGAUGGCACCACUCCCUCAACAGUCCCUUCAAGUGAUGCCACCGCUACUACAUCAACAUCAGCAGUCUCUUCAAGUGAUGCCACCAAUCCCUCAACUGCAUCGAGGUCAACUUCAAAUGAUGCCACCACUCCCUCAUCUACAUCAUCAGUCACUUCAAGCGAAAACACUGUCCCUUCAACAUUCACUUCAAGUGGUGCCAAAGCUACUACAUCAACAUCAGCAGUCUCUUCAAGUAAUGCCACCUCUCCCUCGACAUCAAUAUUCACCUCAAGUGAUGCCACCUCUCACUCAACUACAUCGACAGUCACUUCAGACCAUACUACAUCAACACCCACUUCGAGUGAUGCCACCACUCCCACAAGUACAUUGACAGUCAGUUCAAGUGUUGCCACCACUCUGUCAACAGUCACUUCAAGUGAUGCCACCUCGUCCUCAACUACAUCAACUUUAACUUCAAGUGAUACCACCACUACUACACCGACAGUAACAUUAACUGUGGACAGAAUUCCCUCAACUACGUCAACAGUCAGGUCAAGUGAUGCCACCACUGCCUCAACAGUCACUUCAAGUCAUGACACCACUGUUACAUCAACAUCAGCAGUAACUUCAAGCGAUGCCACCUCUCCUUCAAAAUUCGCUUCAAGUGAUGGCACCUCUACUAAAUCAACAUCAGCAGUCACUUCAAGCGAUAACACUGUUCCUUCAACAUUCACUUCAAGUGGUGCCACCUUUCCUCCAUCACCAUCAGCAGUCACUUCAAGUGAUGGCACCUCUCCCUCGACAUCAAAAUUCACUUCAACUGAUGCCACAUCUCACUCAACUACAUCAAACGUCACUUCAGAUGAUACUACAUUAACACCCAAUUCAAGUGAUACCACCACUCUCUCAAGAACAUCGACAGUUACUUCAAGUGAUGCCACCUUUUCCUCAACUACAUCGAAUUUAACUUCAAGUGAUACCACCACUACUACACCGACAGUAACUUCAACAUUGGCCAACAUUCCCUCAACUACAUCGACAGUCACUUCAAGUGGUGCCACCGCUACUACAUCAACAUCAGCAUUCACUUCAAGCGAUCCCACCACUCCCUCAACAUUCACUUCAAGUGGUGCCACCGCUACUACAUCAACAUCAGCAUUCACUUCAAGUGAUGGCACCUCUCACUCAACUACAUUGACAGUCACUUCAGAUGAUACUAUAUCAACAACCACUUCAAGUGAUGUCACCUCUCCAUCAACAUCAAUAUUCACUUCAAGUGAUGCCACCACUCCCUCAACAGUAGCUUCAAGUGAUGCCACCGCUACUGUAUCAACAUCAGCAGUCUCUUCAUUUGAUGCCACCACUCCCUCAGCAGUCACUCCAAGUGAUGCCACCAAUCCCUUAACUGCAACUACAUCAACUUCAAAUGAUGCCACCACUACCACACUGACAUUGACAGUCAUUUCAAGCAAUUCCACCACUCCCUCAAAAGCCACUUCAAGUGAUGUCACCACUCCCUCAUCUACAUCAAUAGUCACUUCAAGUGAUGCCACAGCUACUACAUCAACAUCAGCAUUCACUUCAAGUGAUGCCACCUCUCCCUCGACAUCAAUGUUCACUUCAAUUGAUGCCACCUCUCCCUCAACAUCAACAGUCACUUUAAGAGAUGCCACCACUCCCUCAACAGUCUCUUCAAGUGAUGGCACCUCUCUCUUAACAUCAAUAUUCACUUCAAGUGAUGCCACCACUCCAUCAACAGCAGCUUCAAGUGAUGCCACCUCUCACUCAACUACAUCGACAGUCAUAUCAGAUGAUGCUACAUCAACAACCACUUCAAGUGAUGCCACCACUCCCUCAAGUACAUUGACAGUCAGUUCAAGUGUUGCCACCACUGCCUCAACAGUCAUUUCAAGUGAUGCCACCACUCCCGCAACAUCAAUAUUCACUUCAAUUGAUGCCACCUCUCCCUCGACAUCAACAGUCACUUUAAGUGAUGCCACCACUCCCUCAACAGUCUCUUCAAGUGAUGGCACCUCUCUCAGAACAUCAAUAUUCACUUCAAGUGAUGCCACCUCUCCAUCAACAUCAACAGUAAUUUUAAGUGAUGCCACCACUCCCUCAACAGUAGCUUCAAGUGAUGCCACCUCUCACUCAACUACAUCGACAGUCACUUCAGACGAUGUUACAUCAACAACCACUUCAAGUGAUGCCACCACUCCCUCAAGUACAUCGAUAGUCAGUUCAAGUGUUGCCACCACUCCCUCAACAGUCACUUCAAGUGAUGCCAUCACUCCCUCAAAUUUAUCGACAGUCACUUCAGAUGAUGCCACAUCGACACCCACUUCAGGGGAUGCAACAUCUUCCUCAACUACAUCAACAUUCACUUCAAUUGAUGCCAUCACUCCCUCAACUACUUUAACAGACACUUCAGAUGAUGUAACCCCUUCAUCAACUACAUCAACAUUCGCUUCAAGUGAUGCCACCUCUCCCUCAACUACAUUGACUUUCACUUCAAGUGUUACCACCACUACUACACCGACAGUAAUAUUAACUGUGGCCACAAUUCCCUCAACUACAUCGACAGUCACUUCAAGUGAUGCCACCACUGCCUCAACAGUCACUCCAAGUGAUGCCACCAAUCCCUCAACUGCAUCGACAUCAACUUCAAGAGAUGUCACCACUACUACAUGGACAUUAACAGUCACUUCAAGGGAUUCCACCACUCCCUCAAAAACCACUUCAAGUCAUACAACCACUCCCUCAUCUACAUCAAUAGUCAUUUCAAGAGAUGCCACCACUCCUACAUCAACAUCAUCAGUCACUUCAAGCGAUAACACUGUUCCUUCAACAUUUACUUCAAGUGGUGCCACAGCUACAACAUCAUCAUUCAGUUCAAGUGAUGCCAUUUAUCCCUCGACAUCAACAGUCACUUUAAGUGAUGGCACUACUCCCUCAACAGUCCCUUCAAGUGAUGCCACCGCUACUACAUCAACAUCAGCAGUCUCUUCAAGUGAUGCCACCUCUCCCUUGACAUCAAUGUUCACUUCAAAUGAUGCCACCAAUACCACACUGACAUUGACAGUCAUUUCAAGCAAUUCCACCACUCCCUCAAAAGCCACUUCAAGUGAUGUCAUCACUCCCUCAUCUACAUCAAUAGUCACUUCAAGUGAUGCCACAGCUACUACAUCAACAUCAGCAUUCACUUCAAGUGAUGCCACCUCUCCCUUGACAUCAAUGUUCACUUCAAUUGAUGCCACCUCUCCCUCAACAUCAACAGUCACUUUAAGAGAUGCCACCACUCCCUCAACAGUCUCUUCAAGUGAUGGCACCUCUCUCUUAACAUCAAUAUUCACUUCAAGUGAUGGCACCUCUCCCUCGACAUCAACAUUCAUUUUAAGUGAUGCCACCACUCCCUCAACAGUAGCUUCAAGUGAUGCCACCUCUCACUCAACUACAUCGACAGUCACUUCAGACGAUACUACAUCAACACCCACUUCAAGUGAUGCCACCACUCCCUCAAGUACAUUGACAGUCAGUUCAAGUGUUGCCACCACUCUGUCAACAGUCACUUCAAGUGAUGCCACCUCUUCCUCAACUACAUCAACUUUAACUUUAAGUGAUACCACCACUACUACACCGACAGUAACAUUAACUGUGGACAGAAUUCCCUCAACUACGUCGACAGUCAGGUCAAGUGAUGCCACCACUGCCUCAACAGUCACUCCAAGUGAUGCCACCAAUCCCUCAACUGCAUCGACAUCAACUUCAAGAGAUGUCACCAUUACUACAUCGACAUUAACAGUCACUUCAAGCGAUUCCACAACUCCCUCAAAAACCACUUCAAGUCAUGCAACCACUCCCUCAUCUACAUCAAUAGUCACUUCAAGAGAUGCCACCACUCCUACAUCAACAUCAUCAGUCACUUCAAGAGAUAACACUGUUCCUUCAACAUUUACUUCAAGUGGUGCCACAGCUACUACAUCAACAUCAUCAUUCAGUUCAAGUGAUGCCAUUUCUCCCUCGACAUCAACAGUCACUUUAAGUGAUACCACCACUACUACACCGACAGUAACAUUAACUGUGGACAGAAUUCCCUCAACUACGUCGAUAGUCAGGUCAAGUGAUGCCACCACUGCCUCAACAGUCACUUCAAGUCAUGACACCACUGUUACAUCAACAUCAGCAGUAACUUCAAGUGAUGCCACCGCUCCUUCAAAAUUCGCUUCAAGUGGUGCCACCUUUUCUCCAUCACCAUCAGCACUUAGAUCAAGUGAUGCCACAUCUCACUCAACUACAUCAAACGUCACUUCAGAUGAUACAACAUUAACACCCAAUUCAAGUGAUACCACCACUCUCUCAAGAACAUCGACAGUCACUUCAAGUGAUGCCACCUUUUCCUCAACUACAUCGAAUUUAACUUCAAGUGAUACCACCACUACUACACCGACAGUAACUUCAACAUUGGCCAACAUUCCCUCAACUACAUCGACAGUCACUUCAAGUGAUGCCACCACUCCCUCAACAUUCACUUCAAGUGGUGCCACCGCUACUACAUCAACAUCAGCAUUCACUUCAAGCGAUCCCACCACUCCCUCAACAUUCACUUCAAGUGGUGCCACCGCUACUACAUCAACAUCAGCAUUCACUUCAAGUGACGGCACCUCUCACUCAACUACAUUGACAGUCACUUCAGAUGAUGCUACAUCAACAACCACUUCAAGUGAUGUCACCACUCCAUCAACAUCAAUAUUCACUUCAAGUGAUGCCACCACUCCCUCAACAGUAGCUUCAAGUGAUGCCACCGCUACUGUAUCAACAUCAGCAGUCUCUUCAUUUGACUCCACCACUCCCUCAGCAGUCACUCCAAGUGAUGCCACCAAUCCCUCAACUGCAACGACAUCAACUUCAAAUGAUGCCACCAAUACCACACUGACAUUGACAGUCAUUUCAAGCAAUUCCACCACUCCCUCAAAAGCCACUUCAAGUGAUGUCAUCACUCCCUCAUCUACAUCAAUAGUCACUUCAAGUGAUGCCACAGCUACUACAUCAACAUCAGCAUUCACUUCAAGUGAUGCCACCUCUCCCUUGACAUCAAUGUUCACUUCAAUUGAUGCCACCUCUCCCUCAACAUCAACAGUCACUUUAAGAGAUGCCACCACUCCCUCAACAGUCUCUUCAAGUGAUGGCACCUCUCUCUUAACAUCAAUAUUCACUUCAAGUGAUGGCACCUCUCCCUCGACAUCAACAUUCAUUUUAAGUGAUGCCACCACUCCCUCAACAGCAGCUUCAAGUGAUGCCACCUCUCACUUAACUACAUCGACAGUCACUUCAGAUGAUGCUACAUCAACAACCACUUCAAGUGAUGCCACCACUCCCUCAAGUACAUUGACAGUCAGUUCAAGUGUUGCCACCACUGCCUCAACAGUCACUUCAAGUGAUGCCACUAAUACUACAUCAACAUCAGCAGUCACUUCAAGUGAUCCCUCCACUCCCUCAACAUCAAUAUUCACUUCAAUUGAUGCCACCUCUCCCUCGACAUCAACAGUCACUUUAAGUGAUGCCACCACUCCCUCAACAGUCUCUUCAAGUGAUGGCACCUCUCUCAGAACAUCAAUAUUCACAUCAAGUGAUGCCACCUCUCCCUCAACAUCAACAGUAAUUUUAAGUGAUGCCACCACUCCCUCAACAGUAGCUUCAAGUGAUGCCACCUCUCACUCAACUACAUCGACAGUCAUUUCAGACGAUGCUACAUCAACAACCACUUCAAGUGAUGCCACCACUCCCUCAAGUCCAUCGAUAGUCAGUUCAAGUGUUGCCACCACUGCCUCAACAGUCACUUCAAGUGAUGCCAUCACUCCCUCAACUUUAUCGACAGUCACUUCAGAUGAAGCCACAAAGACACCCACUUCAGGGGAUGCAACAUCUUCCUCAUCUACAUCAGCAGUCACUUCAAGCGAUAACACUUUUCCUUCAACAUUCACUUCAAGUGAUGCCAAAGCUACUACAUCAACAUCAGCAGUCUUUUCAAGUGAUACCACCACUCCCUCAACAGUCACUUUUAGUUAUGCCACCUCUCCCUCGUCAUCAAUAUUCACUUCAAGUGAUGCCACCUCUCACUCAACAACAUCGACCGUCACUUCAGACCAUACUACAUCAACACCCACAUCAAGUGAUGCCACCACUCCCUCAAGUACAUUGACAGUCAGUUCAAGUGUUGCCACCACUCUGUCAACAGUCACUUCAAGUGAUGCCACCUCUUCCUCAACUACAUCAACGGUCACUUCAGGUGAUGCCACCAGUACUACACCAACAGUAUCUUCAACUGCUGCCACCAUUCCCUCAACUACAACAACAGUCACUUCAAGUGAUGCCACCACUACUACAUCAACAUUAGCAGUCACUUCAAGCGAUCUCACCACUCCCUCAACAGUCACUUCAAGUGAUGCCACCUCUCCCUCGACAUCAAUAUUCACUUCAAGUGAUUCCACCUCUCACUCAACUACAUUGACAGUCAAUUCAGAUUAUACUACAUCAACACCCACUUCAAGUGAUGCCACCACUCCCUCAAGUACAUCGCCAGUCAGUUCCAGUUUUGCCACCUCUCUGUCAAUAGUCACUUCAGGUGAUGCCACCUCUUCCUCAACUACAUCAACUUUAACUUCAAGUGAUACCACCACUACUACACCGUCAGUAACAUUAACUGUGAACAGAAUUCCCUCAACUACGUCGACAGUCAGGUCAAGUGAUGCCACCACUGCCUCAACAGUCACUCCAAGUGAUGCCACCAAUCCCUCAACUGCAUCGACAUCAACUUCAAGAGAUGUCACCACUACUACAUCGACAUUAACAGUCACUUCAAGCGAUUCCACCACUCCCUCAAAAACCACUUCAAAUCAUGCAACCACUCCCUCAUCUACAUCAAUAGUCACUUCAAGAGAUGCCACCACUCCUACAUCAACAUCAUCAGUCACUUCAAGCGAUAACACUGUUCCUUCAACAUUUACUUCAAGUGGUGCCACAGCUACUACAUCAACAUCAUCAUUCAGUUCAAGUGAUGCCAUUUCUCCCUCGACAUCAACAGUCACUUUAAGUGAUGGCACCACUCCCUCAACAGUCCCUUCAAGUGAUGCCACCGCUACUACAUCAACAUCAGCAGUCUCUUCAAGUGAUGCCACCAAUCCCUCAACUGCAUCGAGGUCAACUUCAAAUGAUGCCACCACUCCCUCAUCUACAUCAUCAGUCACUUCAAGCGAUAACACUGUCCCUUCAACAUUCACUUCAAGUGGUGCCAAAUCUACUACAUCAACAUCAGCAGUCUCUUCAAGUGAUGCCACCACUCCCUCAACAAUCACUUCAAGUAAUGCCACCUCUCCCUCGACAUCAAUAUUCACCUCAAGUGAUGCCACCUCUCACUCAACUACAUCGACAGUCACUUCAGACCAUACUACAUCAACACCCACUUCAAGUGAUGCCACCACUCCCUCAAGUACAUUGACAGUCAGUUCAAGUGUUGCCACCACUCUGUCAACAGUCACUUCAAGUGAUGCCACCUCGUCCUCAACUACAUCAACUUUAACUUCAAGUGAUACCACCACUACUACACCGACAGUAACAUUAACUGUGGACAGAAUUCCCUCAACUACGUCGACAGUCAGGUCAAGUGAUGCCACCACUGCCUCAACAGUCACUUCAAGUCAUGACACCACUGUUACAUCAACAUCAGCAGUAACUUCAAGCGAUGCCACCGCUCCUUCAAAAUUCGCUUCAAGUGGUGCCACCUUUUCUCCAUCACCAUCAGCAGUCACUUCAAGUGAUGGCACCUCUCCCUCGACAUCAAAAUUCACUUCAACUGAUGCCACAUCUCACUCAACUACAUCAAACGUCACUUCAGAUGAUACUACAUUAACACCCAAUUCAAGUGAUACCACCACUCUCUCAAGAACAUCGACAGUCACUUCAAGUGAUGCCACCUCUUCCUCAACUACAUCGAAUUUAACUUCAAGUGAUACCACCACUACUACACCGACAGUAACUUCAUCAUUGGCCAACAUUCCCUCAACUACAUCGACAGUCACUUCAAGUGAUGCCACUAAUACUACAUCAACAUCAGCAGUCACUUCAAGUGAUGCCACAUCUCCAUCAGCAUCAAAAUUCACUUCAAGUGACGGCACCUCUCACUCAACAACAUUGACAGUCACUUCAGAUGAUACUAUAUCAACACCCACAUCAAGUGAUGCCACCACUCCCUCAACAUCAAUAUUCACUUCAAGUGAUGCCACCACUCCCUCAACAGUAGCUUCAAGUGAUGCCACCGCUACUGUAUCAACAUCAGCAGUCACUUCAUUUGAUGCCACCACUCCCUCAACAGUCACUCCAAGUGAUGCCACCAAUCCCUCAACUGCAACGAUGUCAACUUCAAGUGGUGCCACCGCUACUACAUCAACAUCAGCAUUCACUUCAAGUGAUGACACCUCUCCGUCAGCAUCAAUAUUCACUUCAAGUGACGGCACCUCUAACUCAACUACAUUGACAGUCACUUCAGAUGAUACUACAUCAACACCCACUUCAAGUGAUGUCACCACUCCCUCAACAUCAAUAUUCACUUCAAUUGAUGCCACCACUCCCUCAACAGUCUCUUCAAGUGAUGCCACCUCUCACUCAACUACAUCGAAUUUAACUUCAAGUGAUACCACCACUACUACACCGACAGUAACUUCAUCAUUGGCCAACAUUCCCUCAACUACAUCGACAGUCACUUCAAGUGAUGCCACUAAUACUACAUCAACAUCAGCAGUCACUUCAAGUGAUGCCACAUCUCCAUCAGCAUCAAAAUUCACUUCAAGUGACGGCACCUCUCACUCAACAACAUUGACAGUCACUUCAGAUGAUACUAUAUCAACACCCACAUCAAGUGAUGCCACCACUCCCUCAACAUCAAUAUUCACUUCAAGUGAUGCCACCACUCCCUCAACAGUAGCUUCAAGUGAUGCCACCGCUACUGUAUCAACAUCAGCAGUCACUUCAUUUGAUGCCACCACUCCCUCAACAGUCACUCCAAGUGAUGCCACCAAUCCCUCAACUGCAACGAUGUCAACUUCAAGUGGUGCCACCGCUACUACAUCAACAUCAGCAUUCACUUCAAGUGAUGACACCUCUCCGUCAGCAUCAAUAUUCACUUCAAGUGACGGCACCUCUAACUCAACUACAUUGACAGUCACUUCAGAUGAUACUACAUCAACACCCACUUCAAGUGAUGUCACCACUCCCUCAACAUCAAUAUUCACUUCAAUUGAUGCCACCACUCCCUCAACAGUCUCUUCAAGUGAUGCCACCUCUCACUCAACUACAUCGACAGUCACUUCAGACCAUACUACAUCAACACCCACUUCAAGUGAUGCCACCACUCCCUCAAGUACAUUGACAGUCAGUUCAAGUGUUGCCACCACUCUGUCAACAGUCACUUCAAGUGAUGCCACCUCGUCCUCAACUACAUCAACUUUAACUUCAAGUGAUACCACCACCACUACACCGACAGUAACAUUAACUGUGGACAGAAUUCCCUCAACUACGUCGAUAGUCAGGUCAAGUGAUGCCACCACUGCCUCAACAGUCACUUCAAGUCAUGACACCACUGUUACAUCAACAUCAGCAGUAACUUCAAGCGAUGCCACCGCUCCUUCAAAAUUCGCUUCAAGUGAUGGCACCUCUACUAAAUCAACAUCAGCAGUCACUUCAAGCGAUAACACUGUUCCUUCAACAUUCACUUCAAGUGGUGCCACCUUUUCUCCAUCACCAUCAGCAGUCACUUCAAGUGAUGGCACCUCUCCCUCGACAUCAAAAUUCACUUCAACUGAUGCCACAUCUCACUCAACUACAUCAAACGUCACUUCAGAUGAUACUACAUUAACACCCAAUUCAAGUGAUACCACCACUCUCUCAAGAACAUCGACAGUCACUUCAAGUGAUGCCACCUCUUCCUCAACUACAUCGAAUUUAACUUCAAGUGAUACCACCACUACUACACCGACAGUAACUUCAUCAUUGGCCAACAUUCCCUCAACUACAUCGACAGUCACUUCAAGUGAUGCCACUAAUACUACAUCAACAUCAGCAGUCACUUCAAGUGAUGCCACAUCUCCAUCAGCAUCAAAAUUCACUUCAAGUGACGGCACCUCUCACUCAACAACAUUGACAGUCACUUCAGAUGAUACUAUAUCAACACCCACAUCAAGUGAUGCCACCACUCCCUCAACAUCAAUAUUCACUUCAAGUGAUGCCACCACUCCCUCAACAGUAGCUUCAAGUGAUGCCACCGCUACUGUAUCAACAUCAGCAGUCACUUCAUUUGAUGCCACCACUCCCUCAACAGUCACUCCAAGUGAUGCCACCAAUCACUCAACUGCAACGAUGUCAACUUCAAGUGGUGCCACCGCUACUACAUCAACAUCAGCAUUCACUUCAAGUGAUGACACCUCUCCGUCAACAUCAAUAUUCACUUCAAGUGACGGCACCUCUAACUCAACUACAUUGACAGUCACUUCAGAUGAUACUACAUCAACACCCACUUCAAGUGAUGUCACCACUCCCUCAACAUCAAUAUUCACUUCAAUUGAUGCCACCACUCCCUCAACAGUCUCUUCAAGUGAUGCCACCUCUCACUCAACUACAUCGACAGUCACUUCAGACCAUACUACAUCAACACCCACUUCAAGUGAUGCCACCACUCCCUCAAGUACAUUGACAGUCAGUUCAAGUGUUGCCACCACUCUGUCAACAGUCACUUCAAGUGAUGCCACCUCGUCCUCAACUACAUCAACUUUAACUUCAAGUGAUACCACCACCACUACACCGACAGUAACAUUAACUGUGGACAGAAUUCCCUCAACUACGUCGAUAGUCAGGUCAAGUGAUGCCACCACUGCCUCAACAGUCACUUCAAGUCAUGACACCACUGUUACAUCAACAUCAGCAGUAACUUCAAGCGAUGCCACCGCUCCUUCAAAAUUCGCUUCAAGUGGUGCCACCUUUUCUCCAUCACCAUCAGCACUUAGAUCAAGUGAUGCCACCUCUCCCUCGACAUCAAAAUUCACUUCAACUGAUGCCACAUCUCACUCAACUACAUCAAACGUCACUUCAGAUGAUACAACAUUAACACCCAAUUCAAGUGAUACCACCACUCUCUCAAGAACAUCGACAGUCACUUCAAGUGAUGCCACCUUUUCCUCAACUACAUCGAAUUUAACUUCAAGUGAUACCACCACUACUACACCGACAGUAACUUCAACAUUGGCCAACAUUCCCUCAACUACAUCGACAGUCACUUCAAGUGAUGCCACCACUCCCUCAACAUUCACUUCAAGUGGUGCCACCGCUACUACAUCAACAUCAGCAUUCACUUCAAGCGAUCCCACCACUCCCUCAACAUUCACUUCAAGUGGUGCCACCGCUACUACAUCAACAUCAGCAUUCACUUCAAGUGACGGCACCUCUCACUCAACUACAUUGACAGUCACUUCAGAUGAUGCUACAUCAACAACCACUUCAAGUGAUGUCACCACUCCAUCAACAUCAAUAUGCACUUCAAGUGAUGCCACCACUCCCUCAACAGUAGCUUCAAGUGAUGCCACCGCUACUGUAUCAACAUCAGCAGUCUCUUCAUUUGAUGCCACCACUCCCUCAACAGUCACUCCAAGUGAUGCCACCAAUCCCUCAACUGCAACGACGUCAACUUCAAAUGAUGCCACCACUACCACACUGACAUUGACAGUCAUUUCAAGCAAUUCCACCACUCCCUCAAAAGCCACUUCAAGUGAUGCCACCACUCCCUCAUCUACAUCAAUAGUCACUUCAAGUGAUGCCACAGCUACUACAUCAACAUCAGCAUUCACUUCAAGUGAUGCCACCUCUCCCUCGACAUCAAUGUUCACUUCAAGUGAUGCCACCUCUCCCUUGACAUCAAUGUUCACUUCAAUUGAUGCCACCUCUCCCUCGACAUCAACAGUCACUUUAAGAGAUGCCACCUCUCCCUCAACAGUCUCUUCAAGUGAUGGCACCUCUCUCUUAACAUCAAUAUUCACUUCAAGUGAUGGCACCUCUCCCUCGACAUCAACAGUCAUUUUAAGUGAUGCCACCUCUCCCUCAACAGCAGCUUCAAGUGAUGCCACCUCUCACUCAACUACAUCGACAGUCACUUCAGAUGAUGCUACAUCAACACCCACUUCAAGUGAUGCCACCACUCCCUCAAGUACAUUGACAGUCAGUUCAAGUGUUGCCACCACUGCCUCAACAGUCACUUCAAGUGAUGCCACUAAUACUACAUCAAUAUCAGCAGUCACUUCAAGUGAUCCCACCACUCCCUCAACAUUCACUUCAAGUGGUGCCACCGCUACUACAUCAACAUCAGCAUUCACUUCAAGUGAUGACACCUCUCCGUCAGCAUCAAUAUUCACUUCAAGUGACGGCACCUCUAACUCAACUACAUUGACAGUCACUUCAGAUGAUACUACAUCAACACCCACUUCAAGUGAUGUCACCACUCCCUCAACAUCAAUAUUCACUUCAAUUGAUGCCACCACUCCCUCAACAGUCUCUUCAAGUGAUGCCACCUCUCACUCAACUACAUCGACAGUCACUUCAGACCAUACUACAUCAACACCCACUUCAAGUGAUGCCACCACUCCCUCAAGUACAUUGACAGUCAGUUCAAGUGUUGCCACCACUCUGUCAACAGUCACUUCAAGUGAUGCCACCUCGUCCUCAACUACAUCAACUUUAACUUCAAGUGAUACCACCACUACUACACCGACAGUAACAUUAACUGUGGACAGAAUUCCCUCAACUACGUCGAUAGUCAGGUCAAGUGAUGCCACCACUGCCUCAACAGUCACUUCAAGUCAUGACACCACUGUUACAUCAACAUCAGCAGUAACUUCAAGCGAUGCCACCGCUCCUUCAAAAUUCGCUUCAAGUGGUGCCACCUUUUCUCCAUCACCAUCAGCACUUAGAUCAAGUGAUGCCACCUCUCCCUCGACAUCAAAAUUCACUUCAACUGAUGCCACAUCUCACUCAACUACAUCAGACGUCACUUCAGAUGAUACAACAUUAACACCCAAUUCAAGUGAUACCACCACUCUCUCAAGAACAUCGACAGUCACUUCUAGUGAUGCCACCUUUUCCUCAACUACAUCGAAUUUAACUUCAAGUGAUACCACCACUACUACACCGACAGUAACUUCAACAUUGGCCAACAUUCCCUCAACUACAUCGACAGUCACUUCAAGUGAUGCCACCACUCCCUCAACAUUCACUUCAAGUGGUGCCACCGCUACUACAUCAACAUCAGCAUUCACUUCAAGCGAUCCCACCACUCCCUCAACAUUCACUUCAAGUGGUGCCACCGCUACUACAUCAACAUCAGCAUUCACUUCAAGUGACGGCACCUCUCACUCAACUACAUUGACAGUCACUUCAGAUGAUGCUACAUCAACAACCACUUCAAGUGAUGUCACCACUCCAUCAACAUCAAUAUUCACUUCAAGUGAUGCCACCACUCCCUCAACAGUAGCUUCAAGUGAUGCCACCGCUACUGUAUCAACAUCAGCAGUCUCUUCAUUUGAUGCCACCACUCCCUCAGCAGUCACUCCAAGUGAUGCCACCAAUCCCUCAACUGCAACGACAUCAACUUCAAAUGAUGCCACCACUACCACACUGACAUUGACAGUCAUUUCAAGCAAUUCCACCACUCCCUCAAAAGCCACUUCAAGUGAUGUCACCACUCCCUCAUCUACAUCAAUAGUCACUUCAAGUGAUGCCACAGCUACUACAUCAACAUCAGCAUUCACUUCAAGUGAUGCCACCUCUCCCCUUGACAUCAAUGUUCACUUCAAUUGA